CUCUAACAACAAAUGACCUCACUUGCAUGGGGGUGGGCUUUAGAAAACUAUAAAAACAGCCACAGCAAAGCACCUCCGUUCCUGUCCUUCGUUCUCUGAGUUCAUUGCUGCUGGGUCGAAGAGAGUUUCUGCAAGAUGCGUGAGUGCAUUUCUGUCCAUGUCGGCCAGGCUGGUGUGCAGAUUGGCAAUGCAUGCUGGGAGCUGUACUGUCUGGAGCAUGGGAUUCAGCCUGAUGGGCAGAUGCCCAGUGACAAAACCAUUGGAGGUGGAGAUGACUCCUUUAAUACCUUCUUCAGUGAAACAGGAGCUGGGAAGCACGUGCCUAGGGCUGUUUUUGUAGACCUAGAACCUACUGUGAUUGAUGAGGUUCGAACUGGCACGUAUCGUCAGCUCUUCCACCCAGAACAACUGAUCACUGGAAAGGAAGAUGCUGCCAAUAACUAUGCCCGUGGACACUAUACCAUCGGAAAGGAGAUCAUUGACUUGGUGUUGGAUAGGAUUCGAAAGCUGGUAACUGAAUUUAAUGGCAUGGGAAACGUGGCGAAAUAA